AUGAAUCCAAGUAAGCAGCUGCUUUGCCUCACGCUGCUGGGACCCUCGACAAUGCUGGAGGCGAAACGCCAGCAGCUUCUAGAGCAGGUUCAGAAUGUGGCACCACAUGUGAGGCGAGUGGAUGGCGUUUUCCUGCACAUGGUUCUGGUGCCAACGCAGGAGGCAUAUAAAGAUCUUCAAAAUGCAUCAAGUGCAAAGCGAGUACGUCUAGAUGACUUGCUCAGGUAUGGUGAUGACAUUGCUUUCGAGGACACGCGUGGUGUCGUUCAAAAGGCACUCGAAGGCCAAAGCACGCCAGGGAAAGAUGUUCUCUUUGUCCUACCCCGACCUGGAAACACGACACCUUGGGCAUCGAAGGCGACAGAUAUUUCGCAUAUCUGCGAGAUGGAUGACACGAUCGAGCGUCUCGAACGUGGUAUGGCAUUUGUGCUUGAUGUGUCAGAGCCACUUAAUGCCGACGAAUUCCACCAUGCUCAGUCACAUUUGCAUGACCGUAUGACACAGAUUGUAACGCGUGAUCCUCCAGUCUUUCUUGCGAAUGAAUUGUUCGGCUCAUCAGAGCCAAGCCCGUUGCGUGUGGUCGAACUACUGUCGUCAGCAUCCGAUACGAAUUGGGACGCGGCCCAUGAUCGCCUGGCUGAAUCCAACACGAAAUACGCCUUGGCUCUUGCUCCCGAUGAAAUCAACUAUCUGGUCGAUGCCUUCGUGCGCGGACAAGGUGACGUUGCUCCACUCCGGCGGAACCCCACCGAUGUGGAACUGUUCAUGUUUGCACAAAUUAACUCCGAGCACUGCCGUCACAAGAUCUUCAAUGCAGCGUGGACGAUCGAUGGCAAGAAACAGCCUCUCUCCCUUUUCGCAAUGAUCCGCAACACGGAAGAGAAGACCCCCGCUCACACGCUCAGUGCCUACUCGGACAAUGCUGCUGUGCUUGAAGGCUCCGAGGGCGUGCGAUACAUGCCAUCGCCUGACGUUCGAGUUCUUGAAAACAACGACCGUGUGUCUCACUUGUACGUCGGACAGCGGGAGUCUAUGCCAAUCCUUGCCAAAGUCGAGACACAUAACCACCCAACAGCCAUUUCGCCCUACCCAGGUGCAGCGACAGGCUCAGGCGGUGAAAUCCGUGAUGAGGGUGCUGUUGGCUGUGGCUCUAAGCCCAAAGCCGGUUUGACAGGAUUCAUGACAUCUAAUCUACUCCUACCUGGUGACGGCCGGCAGCCGUGGGAGGAGGACAUUGGCUACCCGAUGCAUGUAGCCAGCGCAUUUGAGAUCAUGCGCGAUGCGCCGAUCGGUGCCUCUGCCUUCAACAACGAGUUUGGCCGUCCUGCCAUCACUGGAUUUUGGCGCACGCUGUGUGAACGUGUGCCGACGGAAAAUGGAUUUGAGUGGCGUGGCUACCACAAGCCGAUCAUGCUGGCCGGCGGUGUGGGCAACGUGCGUCGCUCCAACAUGCUCAAGGGGAAGAUCCAACCCAACGACGUGCUUAUUGUUAUGGGUGGCCCUGGUUACCUCAUUGGUCUGGGUGGCGGAACGAGCUCGUCCCUGGCCGGUGGUGGUUCCGAGCGCUCGAAGCUCGACUUUGUGAGUGUAUCGCGUGAGAACCCUGAGAUGCAACGUCGGUGUCAGGAAGUGAUCGAUGCUUGUUGCUCGAGCGAAACGAAUCCUAUUGUCAGUAUUCAUGAUGUUGGUGCUGGUGGGCUGAGCAAUGCGCUGCCAGAGCUUGUUCACGAUGCUGGUCUCGGUGCUGUGUGCGAGCUGCGCAACAUCCCCUUGGGCAAUUCGUCGCUGAGCCCGCUCGCCAUUUGGUGCAAUGAGAGCCAGGAGCGCUACGUACUGGCUGUGCGUGCUCAUGAUCUGGCCCGGUUCAAAGCCAUUGCGGAGCGCGAGCGGUGCCCUGUGGCAGCUGUCGGCCACGCCACGUCUGAGCAGCGCUUCGUGCUGACGGACCGCCUGCGCGAAGAAACAUGCAUUGACCUGCCAAUGUCGACACUCUUCGGAAAGCCGCCGAAAAUGGACCGCUCGUCAGAGCACGUGAAGCGCCAGCUGCGUGCAUUUGACUCGUCGCUUGCGACUUAUCUACCAGGCCUGGACGAAAACGCGCGGUUUGCUGCGGCUGUAGACCGUGUGCUUCAUCUACCGUCAGUCGGCAGCAAAUCAUUCCUGAUCACGAUUGGUGAUCGUAGCAUUACGGGUCUUGUGGCACGGGAUCAGAUGGUCGGACCGUUCCAAGUGCCUGUGGCCGAUGUGGCUGUGACCCGAACGUCCCAUUCAUUCGACGACAAUGCGGCCGGUGAGGCAAUGGCAAGCGGCGAACGGACGCCUCUUUCGCUCUUCAGUGGCGCAGCAGCGGCUCGUAUGGCUGUGGGUGAGACACUGACCAACAUGGCAGCGGCAUACAUUGACGACAUUCGGAAGAUUAAACUGAGUGCGAACUGGAUGUGUUCAGCCGGCUUCCAGCACGAUGGCGCUGUAUUGUAUGAUGCUGUCCAAGCGGUUGGCAUGGACUUUUGCCCAAGGCUAGGCGUUUCAAUUCCCGUCGGCAAAGACUCUAUGUCCAUGGGCAUGUCGUGGCGCUCUGACAGGAAUGAGAAUGAGCCCGAGCAUGAAACCCGUACCGUUACAGCGCCAGUGAGUCCGAUCGUGUCUGGUUUUGCUCCUGUCGCAAAUGUGUCGCAGACGUGGACUCCGACGCUUCGGAUGCUUGAUGACUCAUGCCUCCUUUUGGUUGAUUUGGGCCAUGGUAGGCAGCGUUUGGGUGGCUCUGCGCUUGCCCAGGUAUUCCGCGAAGUCGGCACAGAGGCGCCUGAUGUCGAGGAGCCUGAAGUGCUGCGUGCCUUCUUCAGCGCAAUGAACAUAAUGAAGCAGAUGCACGCUGGCAUGCCGCACAGCGCACCAUUGGUGCAUGCGUAUCACGACAGGUCUGAUGGUGGCCUGCUUGCGACGGUGCUGGAAAUGUCGUUUGCCGGCCGCCUGGGUCUCGACAUGGACAUCACAGGCAUUUUGCGCGAUACGCCGAUGGCUGCCCUGUUCAAUGAAGAACUGGGUGCUGUGUUGCAGGUCUGUGUGAAGGAUGUGUCAGCGGUCACGUCUGUACUCACGAGCAUGGGCGUCCCGUCCAACAUCAUCCACACCGUGGCGAGUGUGCGUGGAGAUGAACAAAUCAACAUCAAGUGCCGCGGCGAAACACUGUUGUCGUCCACACGUGCUGCGCUGCAGAAGGCCUGGGCCGAUACAUCGUUCCGGAUGCAGUCGCUGCGGGACAACCCGGAGUGUGCCAAGCAAGAGUUGGCGUUUAUCGAUGAGCCGGCCGAAUCCGCGUCCCUCAAGUAUGAGCUGACCUUCCAUCCUGCCAAGACACUCCAAUGGAGCAAUCCAGCUUCCAUUGAACGGCCACUUGCAUCGCAACCUCGCGUAGCGAUCUUGCGUGAACAGGGCGUCAAUGGCCACAUCGAAAUGGCCUGGGCAUUUGCCAGUGCUGGCUUCUCGACCUACGAUGUGCACAUGACUGAUUUGCUGAAUGGGCAUCAAUCACUAGAGCCAUUUGUGGGUCUGGCUGCGUGUGGUGGCUUCUCGUACGGUGAUGUGCUAGGCUCAGGCCGUGGUUGGGCCCAGUCGAUUCUGCAUUCGUCGCGAGUGAAUGAAGAGUUUGCACGGUUCUUCGCACGGAAAGACACCUUCGCUUUGGGUAUUUGCAACGGAUGCCAAAUGCUCAGCACACUGGGCCACGCCGGCCUGAUUCCCGGCGCUGAAAAUUGGCCAUUGUUCGGUCCGAAUGAAAGUGGUCGCUUUGAGGCGCGUUUGACAAACGUCAAGAUCCAGCCCUCCACGCCUUGCAUCUUCUUUAGAGACAUGGACUCGAGUAUAAUGCCUGUGCCUGUGGCUCAUGGCGAAGGACGCGCGGUGUUCCGCGACUCGUCGAGGCUGGCGGAUCUGCAGCAGCAGAACGGCAUCGCGCUCCAGUACACGGACUCUCGCUAUCCCCACAACCCGAACGGAUCAGCCGCGAACAUCGCCGGUGCCACAGCUGCGGACGGUCGUGUCCUGAUUAUGAUGCCACACCCAGAACGCGCCGUUGCGAAGCAAUCGCUUUCAUGGGCCCCAGACCACCCAUCGAACGAAUGGAUGGGAUACAGUCCAUGGUUCCGCAUGUUUGAAAAUGCACGUGCCUUUGUUGGAUAA